UCUGAAUACCCUGUUCAUAAGGAAAAGGGAUUGGAACCAACAGAGUUUGAAGACACUGUUGCUCAGGCUUUUUUCGAUUUAGAAAAUGGUAAUCAGGAGCUGAAGAGUGAUUUGAAAGACCUAUAUAUUAAUUCAGCAGUUCAAAUAGAUAUUGCAGGCAAUAGGAAAUCCGUUGCUAUUCAUGUUCCUUGCAGGCUACGGAAAUCUUUUAAGAAAAUUCAAGUGAGGCUGGUUAGAGAAUUGGAGAAGAAGUUUAGUGGAAAGGAUGUGGUUCUUAUUGCAACAAGAAGGAUAUUAAAACCUCCAAAGAAAGGCUCUGCUGUUGUGCGUCCUCGUAGUCGUACACUCACUGCAAUUCAUGAUGCAAUCUUAGAGGAUGUCGUGUUCCCUGCUGAGAUUGUUAGGAAGUGGGUAAGAUACCGCUUGGAUGGCUCUAAGAUAAUAAAGAUUUUCUUGGACCCAAAGGAACUCAACAACACGGAAUACAAGCUGGAGACAUUUUCAGGUGUCUACCACAAACUCUGCGGAAAGGACGUUGUCUUCGAGUACCCAGUGACAGAGAGUGCACAAGUCUUCACAGCAUUUGAAGAGAUUUUUAUGCAUAAAACAAGUAGUUUUAUGCCGAGGGAACUCUUCGUCAAGAAGAUUUUAUCAUCCGGCGUUGCUUAA